AUGCAUAAAUUCAAGGAGAAGCUCGAGCACGAGAUAGAUCAUCUGGAGGGUCAUCUUAAAGAAUCCAGCCUUCAUGAUACCAAGGCGCAGGCCGUCCACCUCAAACACAAAGUCGGCAAAUUUUUCAACAUCUUGAACCCCAACCACCGUCACGACGAGGAACAUGAACAAGCGACAGACCGGAAACGAUCGGCAAUCUGCGACUCCCACCGCUUCCAGUCCUUUGCGCCAAUCCGUGAUAGCAACCGCGUCAAGUGGUAUGUAGACGCGCUCGACUAUCUCUGGGCUGUUUCUGAAGCCCUCGAAUCGGCCCAAGAGACCAUUUACUUGGCCGAUUGGUGGAUUUCCCCGGAACUCUUCCUUCGUCGCCCGCCGGCAAGCCACCGGGAAUGGCGACUGGAUCUGAUCUUGAAACGUCGCGCCGAGGCCGGCGUGAAAAUCUACGUCAUCGUCUAUAAAGAGGUUAACCAGGCGUUGACUUGUAACUCGGCACACACCAAGCAUGCACUGCAGAACCUUUGCCCAGAAGGAACACCAGGUCAUGGCAAUAUCCGCGUUCUACGACAUCCGGAUCACAAUGUCUUUGAGAAUGCCGCUGAUAUGACCUUGUAUUGGGCCCAUCACGAGAAGUUCAUCGUGAUCGACUAUGCUUUGGCCUUCAUCGGUGGAAUCGAUCUCUGCUUCGGCCGCUGGGACGCCCACCAACACCCACUUGCCGACGUCCACCCCGCUGGUCUUCGCGACGACAUCUUCCCCGGCCAAGAGUUCAAUAACAACCGCAUCAUGGACUUCCAGAGUGUGGAAGACUGGCAAAGCAACGAACUCAGCAAGGCCGAGUAUGGCCGCAUGCCCUGGCACGACGUCGCGAUGGGCCUAGUCGGAGACGCCGUCUACGAUAUCGCGGAGCACUUCAUCCUGCGGUGGAACUUCAUCAAGCGCGACAAGUACAAGCGUAGUGAUAAUGUGGACUGGUUGCUCAUGGAGGGCCGGACGGGCGAGGACGAGGAUCUGAUUGCCGUUCAGCGACCGAAGUAUCCUUGCGGGGACUAUGUCCAGCACCCAUUUUCGCCGCUCUCGUCCAAGCCGCGAGGCAACCAGGGCUCUGUGAGGGCUCAGAUCGUGCGUAGUAGCGACGACUGGAGCAGUGGAAUUCUCAACGAACAUAGUAUUCAAAAUGCCUACUGUGAAACUAUCCGAAAUGCAGAGCAUCUGGUCUACAUUGAAAACCAGUUCUUCAUCACUGCUACCGGCCCCAACCAGCAGCCUGUCUACAAUCAGAUUGGCCGUGCCAUCGUUGAUGCUUGCGUUCGUGCGGGCAAGGAAGGCCGCAAAUUCCGCGUCAUUAUUGUGAUCCCUGCGAUCCCGGGCUUUGCUGGGGAUUUGCGUGAUAAUGCAGCUAGCGGGACGAGAGCUAUCAUGGAUUACCAGUAUAAGUCUAUCUGCAGAGGCGAGGACUCUAUUAUGGGGCAGAUCGAAGCAGCAGGCGUCAACCCCAAGGAUCACAUCUUCGUUUUUGCUUUGCGGGCUUACGAUCGCAUCAAUUACACCCCUGCUCUUGAGGAGCUUGAGAGAGACGCCGGCGUCAACUAUCAGGACAUCCAACGUGGUAUUGCCGAGUCCAUUAUGGGCGAAAGUGUUCACCCAUCUGUGGGCAAAGAGGGCGACAGGAACGAGAAGAGCUAUGAAAUCGAUCCGUCACAGAAAGAGGAGAAGGUACACAAGCUCGAGAAAUUCGAGGAACAAGUUGAACAGAAAAAGGCCCACGAAGGGGAUGGAAGCAAAGACUCCGUCGCUCAUACUACCAUGCUGAACGGCGGUAAGAUGUCUGAUGAGACUUGGGAGGGCGACCCCGAAGCAGAGAAAGCCCACUUUGUCCAGGAAGAACUCUAUGUCCACGGUAAGGUCUGCAUUGUCGACGACCGCAUUGUGAUCUGCGGUAGCGCGAACAUCAAUGACCGUUCCCAACUCGGGUCUCACGACAGCGAACUUGCCAUUGUCCUGGAAGACCAAGACUUCAUCGACAGCACUAUGGACGGAAAGCCAUAUCGCGCCGCUCGUCUGGCCGCUACCCUGCGUCGGCAGCUGUGGCGUGAGCACCUGGGUCUCCUGCCCGCUCAGGAUUACGACGCUUCCAAGGAGCCCAAUGCUCGGCCUCCCGAUGUCUGCCUGAACCAGAUCCUUGAAGGGGCAGAGGAUGACUUCGUGGCGGACCCGCUCGGCGACGCCGUGUGGAACACCUGGACGCAGCAAGCGAGCGUCAACACCGAGAUGUAUCGGGUGCUGUUCCGCGCUGAUCCGGACGACAACAUCAAGACCUUCGAGGACUAUGAUCGGUUCUAUCCGCGUGGGGCCUGCAAGCAGGGCCACCUGUUCGAUCCUUAUAUGCCUGUGAAGGAAGUCCGCGAGAAGCUAGAUCGGAUCAAGGGUCAUUUGGUCUGGCUGCCGUUGGAAUUCCUGAAAGAGGCUGAGAUGGCAGAGCCUGGGCUGGCUGUGAACCAGAUCACGGUGAGUAUCUACACGUAG